ACUCCACUCCAUAUAUAUAUAUACGUUGGUGAUUGAUCAUUGUUGAUUCUUGAGUCGCUACAUAACCUCAGUGGAUGUGUUCCGAAAGAGAAGAAAGUAAGAUGAAAUCCCCCGCCACCAAAGUGGGGAAGAAAAAGAAAAGCCAUGCCCAUGACCAAAGUCCACCACCAAAAGACGAGAGCCCCAUUAGAGCCAUAGCUUGUCUCAACAAAAUCGACGACAUGCGCCGUUUCGAAGAAACCGAGGAUUGCUUCAUCCUAGGCUUUGACCCUUCCGCCGUUGUUCCCCUCUCUCUCGGUUCUUCUACCGACGAUCUCUCCGUCAUUGCUGAAAAGGGCCAGGUUGCUUGCAGAGAUUACCCGCACUCCAGACAUCUCUGUCUCAAGUUCCCAUUCAAUACGACGCCGCAUGAGACCCAUUGUGAAAUGUGCUAUUGUUAUGUUUGUGAUUCGGCUGCGCCGUGUAAGUACUGGACAGGAUUGCAUAUGCAUUGCAAUGCGGAGAAUAAUCGUUUAUGGGUGUUUCAAAGGAGGAUAUACAAAAGUCAACAGCUGCGUCUAGACAAUUCUCAACCAUAAGGGAUGGUUCAUUCGGACAAUGCUGCUGCCAGAGUCUAAUGGUAUUUGGGACUCUCACAAUAUAUAGUUUUUUUUUGGUUGAAAAAUUAGCACUUGGAAAUGUGGCAUUUUUUGUGAGUACUAUAGAUGGUGACAAAUCGUGUAGUGUAGCCAAACAAACGUUCUGUUUAAAUGGGUACUGUGAUGUAGUAGAUGCUAUCUGCUCUGGGGUCUGGGGAUUUUUGAGAUUUCGAGUAUGAGCAGUUACUGAUGAAUCUGUUGAAGUAUAUAUAUUUCUUGUUCUUCAAGAACUUGUCUUGUAAUUACUGGUGGUGUUUGUUUAUUUGCUUUUAAGCACAACCCGUGCAAACUUCACUUCAUUGUUGUAGCUAAUAGUCCUUUGUCAAACACAAAGCAAAACGAUAGAUAGCAGCUGUA